AUGACUGGAUGUCCAGUGACCGAGUGUGGCUUCGAAAACAAGUCUGACCCUGGCGAUGCCUAUGACCUCUUCGCCUACGAGAUCCAGUGGGCCCGUCUGAAGUGUCUCUACUGGAACGAGACCCUGGAAGCCUGGAUGACAGACGGUUGUGCGAUUAGCAACCAGUCUAGUAUCAACAGCACCAUCUGCCACUGUAACCAUCUAACAGCAUUCGGGAGUGACUUCGCCAUGCCGCCCAACGCCAUGGACUUUGGGAAGUUGGAGUUCAGCGAUCAACGGUGCGGUUUCGACAACCGUCUGCGUGGUGUUCCGUUUGGUCGGACUCGCAAUGGCCCCUUUACAAGUGAUCGGGGAAUUCAAGAAGAAGGUUUUUGCAGGAGGCAGCCAGGUGACGCUGACCUUCAGCACAGCGGAACAUCUGGGUACCGUGGAGCAUGAAAACACCACGACUACCAAAAGUUGGGCCACGUUCUACCAUGAAUGUGUCUUUGUCGCAUGAAAACUGAUUAACUUGUAUGUGUGUACUAGACUGCUAUGGGACCGGUGAGUGAGUGAGUGAGUGAGUGUGUGUGUGUUUGUGUGUG